GUGUGUUUGUAGUUAAUUUAUUUACAUAAUCGUGAGAAAUAUUUCAUAGAUUUUUGUUGUAAUAAUAAUAAUAACAUUUUAAUUUUGCUCUUACAUCAUUUAAAUAAUCUUAAAAUUAUUACAAAACUAAAAUAGUUACGUAAAGAGGUGAAUGCAACUUUGCGACACGAAUUACUUCGAUAUUUUAAUGAAAAAUCAUGUCAAAAUGUUACGAAAUCUUAGAUUUUAGUUAAAAAAAAAAAAGUCGUUUCAAAUCAAACAUUACGUAGCAUUAAUUCGUGUUAUCGAACAUAUAACCAAUCUGUUAUUUACAGGAUUGAGAAAUGUGACCUUUGAACUCUGAACUCUGUAACUGAACUUAUGAUAAUUUUCAUUUUGAUGUAUCAAAUUACUUUAUUUGUUGUUAACUGAUAAGAAAAAUAGAAGGAAAAUAUAAACGUAUUAAGAGGAAAGUUAGGAAUUUGAUUUAUGUAUUAGCCUUCUAAUAAAAGAAGGAAAGUCUAAUUCAAAUUUCAUUUCGUUACUUCGACAUGUUUUUAAAGGGUCUUAAGCUUGCAAAUGCACUUAUUAGGCAGAAAUGGCAACGAAAUUUUGCUACGUCGUACCAGUUAUGCAAUGCCAAAGAAUUCGCAAAAGAAAGGAAGGGUGGCAAAGUUUAUAUUGUUGGGGCAUCUAUGACACCUUUUAUAAAGCCCGAAGAGACUUCAGAUUAUCCAGAAAUGGUUAAAGAUGCCAUGGUCGGUACUCUUUCCGAUGCUAACCUGAAAUAUGAUCAAAUACAACAAGCUUUUGUAGGCUAUGUGUUUGGGCAAUCUACCAGUGGACAAAGAGCUCUUUACGAUAUUGGGAUGACUGGCAUACCUAUAUGUAAUGUUAAUAAUAAUUGCUCCACCGGUGCCACGGCCCUAUUUUUAGCUUAUAGUACAAUUGCUGGUGGUUUGAAUGAUUGUGUACUUGCUAUAGGAUUCGAGAAAAUGCACAGAGAAUCGUUAAGAAGCCCUCUUUUUACAGAUAGAGCAAUGCCAGUAGGUAAACAUUGCCUAGUUUUGAGUGAAAAAUAUGGCAUUAGUGAAGUACCAAUGGCGGCACAAAUGUUCGGUGCCGCUGGUAGAGAACAUAUGGAAAAGUUCGGAACCAAAAAAGAGCAUUUCGCAAUGAUAGCGUGGAAGAAUCAUAAGCAUUCGGUAAAGAAUAAAAAUGCCCAAAUGCAACAAGAAUAUAGUUUAGAGGAGAUCUUAAACUCACCAGUCAUCUAUGAACCAUUAACUAGGCUUCAGUGCUGCCCGGUUUCGGAUGGAGCAGCAGGAACAAUAUUGGCAUCAGAAGAAUUCGUUCGGGAGCACAGAUUAGAAAAACAAGCCGUGGAAAUUUUAGGUAUGGAAAUGGGAACCGAUUUUCCGAGUACAUUCGAAGAAAACAGCUGUAUCAAAAUGGUGGGAUUCGACAUGACAAAAAAAGCUGCGGAAAAAUUAUACCGCAAAACGGGUAUUUCUCCAAAGGAUGUCGACGUAGUCGAAUUGCACGAUUGCUUUUCGACUAACGAAUUAAUCACGUACGAAGCACUUGGAUUAUGUGACGUCGGAAAGGGUUCUACAAUGGUAGAAUCUGGUGAUAAUACUUACGGAGGAAAAUAUGUAGUGAAUCCUAGCGGUGGGUUAAUUGCAAAGGGGCAUCCUUUAGGCGCUACAGGUUUGGCUCAAUGUACCGAACUCUGUUUACACCUAAGAAAUAAAGCAGGGGAUAGACAAGUACCUAAUGCCAAACUAGCUUUGCAACAUAAUAUCGGAUUAGGUGGAGCAACGGUUGUGGCAUUAUAUAAAUUAGGUGAAUUUUCGUAAUUGUUUACCAGUUUACGCUUUAAUGCGUGAAGAAACUUUCUAAAAACGUGAACGUAUUCACUUUCAAAUUACUCACGAGUGAAUAUUAUGGUCUAUUUAUCAUUACAUAAACUUACUAUCGUGAAAUGUUAAGCGUAAAGUUUACACAAGCAUGCGUCAUGAAUGAGAUUUCAAGUGAUAUAUAGCACAUAAUUCAAAACAAUCUAAACAUAGAAUUAGUUUUGUAGUUUAAAUACAGGAGACGUUCAUUGAAUGUCCCAUUUCAUUCAAUAAAUAAAUAUUUCUAUAAUGUGAAGUAGGCCUAUAUAUUUUUAUAUGAAAUAUAAUAUUUAAAAAAAUUAAACUUUUGUAUUUAUAGAUGAGUUUUGUAUAUAUAUUCUACUCACAUUCAAAUAAAGUGGCACGAGAGUGCCAGCAUUAAGUUUGGAAUGAUGGGAAAGGCAAGGGCGAUCUGCCAUGGAGGUGCCUUUCGGGAGAACUUUCUAUGGGAAACUGAUUUAGGUGUUAGAACCAGCGACCAUCAAGUAUUCAUGGUUUUAUCCACUCGGGAAAUGGUGGGCAGUACAAAUAUGUGCCGUAUUUCUAUGAAGAAAGUCCUGGUUCGGGUUAAAUUACCACUCAAAGUAUAUUCGUAAUUUUCUUUUCCACACUAAACUAACGAGUGAUAUGAUCAUUAAUUAUUUAUCAUUAAUAUAUAAGAUGACAGGCGGAUAGUCAACGCGGUUAAGACCUCAACUUACUGUUCUGGAGGACCCGGGAUUGAAACCUGACGGUGGAAAAAAAUACCAGGAAGUUUUGGGGGUGGUUGUCCCGAAUAUUUCGUGCUCCGUCGCUCAUCAACAUAUCUUCCAUUGUUUCAGUCAGGCCAGUUAGCCUGGCCGAACCCACGAUGGGCCUGAAAGAUGUCCACAGGGCAGAGAGGAAAACUAUAUUUUUUCCUCUAUAUAUACAAGUUAUUACUAUAAUUUUAUAAAUACGUUAUUAUGGAGAGAUAAGGCUAUAAAAUGCUCCACCUAGUUGGAGAAAAGAAAUUUUUUUCAGUCUAUUGUUUUUGUUUUUUUUUUAGUCACGCUAUUAUAUACAAGCUUCACUCAAGCGUGCAAAGAUGAAAAACGAUUGCAGUUCUUGUAUUUCCUAUUCGUGCAUACUAGAAACUAGAUAGAGAAUAUUGCGGAAAAUAAUUAUUAAUUUUUAUCCAUAUUCAAUUAGAUUCAAAAAUUUAACAAAAUUAAUAAUUUAGUUUAAUUUUUAGUUUGAUAAGCAUGAUUUUAAGGCCAAAAUUGAAUUGGGGAGGUGAAUGUUGUUUAAAAAGAAUCCAAAAAGAAAAUUAACAGAUUAUUUUAAUAAAUAGAAAUCUCGAAUACAAAUACAACUUUUUUAAAAAAA